AUGACAUCAUCUUUUCUCAUAUCACCUUCACCACCAACAGGAAAUAAUCGCCGUAUUGAACUAGCUGGUAUCGAUUUAUGGAUCCUGGCACGUAUCGAUCAUGUAUUUGUUUAUCCUUCGGAAAUAAAUAUUGAUAAAUUUAAAGAAGCACUUAGUCGAACUCUUUCUCUGUGGCCAUUUGUGGCUGGUCGUAUUCUGUUAGAGAAUNGACAUGGUUCUUCGAGACGAUUCUCUUCAUAA